CGCCGAUGGUGGUCUUUUUCUUUCCUCGCCCGCUCUCCUUUGCACUGAGGGAGGAAGGGGGAGAGGAGAGCGGGCGGAACCCUCUGUGCGAUUUCUCUCCCCGGCGCAAAUAGGAAGGGAUUAGUAGAACCCUAAUCGAUCGGCUAAUUGUUCCAUCGUGAAGUCGGUCCGGGGGAGCGAUCGCGGCGCUUUCGGCGAGGAGAUCAUUCAAGGCGAAAUCAAGGGGCCGUUUCAGAACCGUCUUGGAAAUUUGUACUGCUCGGCACACUGGGAGGAAGAUAGCUUCUUGAUGGAUCCUACGGUGCUGGAUGGCAUCAUUUCGCGGCUGCUGGAAGUGAAGGGAGGACGGCCGGGGAAGCAGGUGCAACUCCUGGAGGCGGAGAUCCGGCAGCUGUGUGUCGUGUCGAAGGAAAUCUUUCUGCAGCAGCCCAACCUCCUGGAGCUGGAGGCGCCCAUCAAGAUUUGCGGUGAUAUUCAUGGUCAAUAUUCUGACCUGUUGAGGCUUUUUGAAUAUGGUGGAUUGCCACCCCAGGCCAAUUACUUGUUCUUAGGGGAUUAUGUGGACAGAGGGAAACAAAGCCUUGAAACCAUAUGCCUUCUUUUAGCCUACAAGAUUAAGUAUCCAGAGAACUUCUUUCUUUUGAGGGGCAAUCAUGAAUGUGCAUCUAUAAAUCGUAUUUAUGGGUUCUAUGAUGAAUGUAAGCGCAGAUUCAAUGUGAGACUCUGGAAGGUGUUCACUGAUUGUUUUAACUGCCUGCCUGUGGCAGCUCUUAUUGAUGAAAAGAUCCUAUGCAUGCAUGGAGGUCUUUCACCAGACUUGCAUAAUUUGGACCAAAUACGAAACUUAGCACGACCUACUGAUGUGCCAGACAGUGGAUUGCUCUGUGAUCUUUUGUGGUCAGAUCCUAGUAAAGAAAUUCAAGGAUGGGGAAUGAAUGAUAGGGGAGUUUCAUAUACUUUUGGCCCUGAUAGGGUCAGCGAUUUUCUUCAGAAGCAGGAUCUGGACCUUAUUUGUCGUGCUCACCAGGUGGUGGAGGAUGGAUAUGAAUUCUUCGCUGACAGGCAACUUGUAACAAUAUUCUCAGCUCCAAAUUAUUGUGGUGAAUUUGACAAUGCAGGUGCUAUGAUGAGCGUCGAUGAGACCUUAAUGUGUUCAUUCCAAAUUCUGAAGCCUGCAGCUUCAGAAAAGAAAAAAAUUGGGUUUGGUGGUACAGCUGCAUCUAGAACUGGAACCCCUGCUUGGCAGUAGUACUACAUCCAAAACUCAUGUCCAGGAGUCAAGUGUUUUCUUGGUUCAAGAGCGUGAUUACAAGCAAUCUUAGGGUGUCUGCCAUGGUGUACUGUCCACUGAUGGCUUGUUCGAAAAGGUACCAAGCAACAUCGAGGUACUUUUAUCCUAUCAGAUUUUUUGCUUGGUACAUGUUCUGAUGUAACCAUGUGAAUUGUGGAUUUCGUUGAUCUGCAUAAAAUUUGGAGUUUGUGAUGUAGAAGAAUGUUUAUUCUCUUUUUAAGAUUAAAUGUAUCAUUGAUUGUUCUAAUUUCCCCAA